AGAAAAAGAGGAAGUAAGGAUAUUGCAUGGAACCAUUGUGCAGUCGUUGAUCCUUCAGAAACGAAACAUCUACGAUGUAAUUAUUGUGGUAAAGAUUAUUGGGGUGGCGUUACAAGAAUGAAACAUCAUCUUGCCGGAAUACGUAAUGAGUGUACGAUUUGUGAGAAGGUUCCAGAUGAAGUAAAGGAAAUAUUUGCUAAACUGUUAAGUAGCAAAAAAACGAAGAAUGAGGCAAAUAAUCUUGAAGUUUUGGAUGAAGAAAUAGUCGAAGAUGUUGGCAAAGAAAGAGGAGGAUUACAUCCAUUUUUCUCUAAAAAAGGGCCUACAUUGAAACAAGCAACGAUGAAUGUAGCACUGAAAGAUAGAGAGUCAGUGAUUCGUGACAUAUGUAGAUGCAUAUAUGGUAAUGCUCUACCUUUCAACUUGGUGAGAAGCCCCUUAUUUACUCAAAUGUUGAAGUCGGUUGGGGAAUAUGGUAAAGGUUUGAAGCCUCCUUCUUAUCAUGAGGUAAGAGUUUCUUACCUUAGGGAUGAAGUUGAACAUGUCAAAAACUCCAUGGAGAAAUAUACAGAUGAAUGGAAAAGAUGGGGAUGCACAUUGAUGUGUGAUGGUUGGACCGACGGAAAAUCUCGAUCAAUCACUAAUUUUCUAGUCAAUAGUCCAAGUGGGACGGUAUUUUUGAAAUCCAUCGACACUAGUAAUGAGAUCAAGGAUGGUCAAAAAAUGUUUGAGUUAUUGGAUAAGACGAUUGUAGAAAUUGGGGUUGAAAAUGUUGUUCAAGUUGUAACUGAUGGUGCUUCUAAUCUUGUGUCUGCCGGGGAGAAGUUGGAAGAGAAGUACAAGAGUUUAUGUUGGUCUCCUUGUGCUGCCCAUUGCCUCGACUUGGUGCUUGAAGAUAUUGGAAAAAUUCCGAUCUUCCAUUCCACCAUUACAAACGCCAAAAGGAUCACCACUUACAUAUAUAGGCAUCAAUGGGUUCUAAGAUUGUUCAGAGACUAUUCUAAAGGAAGAGAAUUGGCAAGACCGGCCGUAACAAGGUUUGCAACUUCUUUUCUUACUUUAAGCUGCAUCUUGAAUCAAAAAAGUGCUCUUAAGUCCAUGUUCGUUUCGGAAGUAUGGACUUCAAGUUCUUAUGCUCGUAAGCAUGAUGGUAAAGAAGUAGUGAACCUUGUUUCGUGCAAUGCCAAAUUUUGGAGUUCUAUCAAAUAUUGUUUGCGAUGUGUGAGUCCAAUUGUUAAAGUAUUGAGGCUUGUAGAUGGUGACUCAAAACCAGCAAUGCCAUAUAUUUAUGAAGCAAUGGAUAGAGCCAAAGAUCAAAUAGCUCAAAACUUCAAUAAUGUGGAGUCGAGGUAUAAGAAGAUAUGGGAAAUAAUUGAUCUCCGUUGGAACCGGCAACUUCAUAGACCACUUCAUGCGGCGGCAUAUUAUCUUAAUCCUAAGUUUCAUUAUGCUGAGGGGUUCGAGCCAAAUAGUGACGUCAUAUAUGGUUUGCAUAAAACCAUUGAGAUGAUGAUUGCGGAUGAUACUAGGACAAGAAUUUUGAUUGAUUCACAACUUGAGAAAUUCAAAAGGGCGCAUGGGCUAUUUGGAUUAAAAAUGGCCAAGGAAACAAGGGACAAAAAACAGCCUGCUCUUUGGUGGGAAAGUUAUGGUGGAGAAGUAAAGGAAUUGCAAAAGAUUGCUAUGAGAAUUUUAAGUCUCACAUGUAGUGCUACCGGAUGCGAGAGGAAUUGGAGUACAUUUGAACAAGUGCAUACAAAAAGAAGAAACCGCUUGGAGCAACAAAGACUUAAUGCACUUGUCUAUGUUAAGUACAAUCUCCAACUUGAUGCGCGACAAAAAAUUCGAGUAGAGAAGGGAGAAGCUUAUGAUCCAAUAUGCUUAUCGGAUAUUGAAUCUGAUGACGAGUGGAUCACCGAAAAAGAAGACCCUUGCUUACCUGAAGAUAGUGCAUGGAUGGAUGUACAUGAAGAUUUUAGCUUUAGUGAAGAAGCUUCAAGCUCAAAACGGAAAAGAGGUCCAAGAAAUUUGAAUGCCAAGUUUGAGAUUGAUAAGAGAAGAAAGGGAAAGGCCAAAGUUAGAGUCGAUGAAGUUGAAGAGAUUGAUGAAGAUGAAGAUGAAGAUGAAGAUGCAGAUAAUUGUUUGAAAUUGGUUGAUGAGGAAGAUUUAAGUGACAUUGAUCUUCAAGAUUUCGAGUGAUGGAUUAUUUUAUAAAUUAGGGAUUUGAAUUUGAACUUCGAUGAUGUUAUUUAAUGAACAAUUAUGAUUUUUGUCAAUAUUUUAUAAUUUGAUGUUGAAACUUGAAUUUGAA